GAAUCGAGAUAUUCUAGGUCUGUUUGUACGGACGAGACAAGUCCAGGCUCAUUACCGACGCCGUUUGCUCGUGUGUCCCACGGAAGUAUAAUAUGGACACUACACCUUCUUAGUAUGGUGUAGUGGAGACUUGGACCUCGGUAAUGACGUUAUGUUGACGGAAGCGGACUAUACGACCAUACUAAACUUGCAGGUUCAGGCGUGUUGUACCUCAAACUAACUGAGGAACAGCGCUUGGACUUUCCUGGUAGCCUGGUUCACAUUUCUCUUUCGAUUAGUCUAAAAGAGCAUGUGAGCCCUGUGCGUGGGCUAAGAGACAUGGAGGUAUCCGAACCGCGCGACACAUAUCAAGCUAAACCCACGGACAACUGCUUUGACAAGACGAUUUCGACUGUAACCGUGGACGAUGUUUACGAAAUAGCCAAACUCAUCGGCGCUGAAGUGGAGAAACUUAUCGACGGCUACGGCAAAGACAGUGUCGUGGGUCUUGUGCCCAAAAUAGUGAAAGUGCUUGAACUUCUGGAGAGGUACGCAUCGUGGAACCAAGCCCACAAGCUGCAAGAAGAAGAGCUGCUCAAGACAUUUGAGACCAUCCAGCUCCAACAGCACAAAAAGCGUGCACCCAAAGACAGCGAAGACGUGGUAAAGCAGCCGAAAAGGCAAGAGGAGCUAGAAGAACUAGAACAAUGGAAGAAGAGGUGCGAAGAGUUGCAGAUCCAGGUACAGCAGCUGCAGGAGGACAGGGAAGAGCUGCAUAGUCGACUCAAAGGAAGUUAUGCAAAGGAAGACCGUGUCCAGCGGCAGGAGAGAGAGGUGAUGCUGAAAUUAAAAAGUGUUGUGGAUAAGCAGCGAGAUGAGCUCAGGGCCAAAGUGCAGGAGAUCUCAUCUAUCUCCAAAGAAGUAGAAGCACUUCAGGAGCAGCUGGAGCGCUUUAUGAAAAUGAAUGCAGAGUUGCGACACAAGCAGAAUGUGAUGCAGGUUCAGCUCAAGAGCACCGUGGAGAGGAAGGCCGAUAUGGAGGCGGACCUGAAGGAGAAGAAUAAAGAAAUUGAAAACCUUCUUGCGCAACUGCACAGAUCCAACAGCAGCCCUUCUAGUUCAAGACAGAAAGCUUGUGAUUCAAAUAAAACUGAGGACCCAAAGGGCCCUGACCAGCCAUGUUUCACUAAAAAGGAAGUACGUGACAUCAUUGUAGAGAGGAAUGAGCUCAAGACAAACCUCUUUCUGUUGCAGGAGGAGCUCAGCUACUAUCAGAGGGAGAUUUUGAAUGAGGAGAGAUGCCCUGGCUUUCUGUUAGAAGCUGUUCGCUCUGCCAUAAAGAAAAAAAGAAAGCUAAUCAAGGCCAAGAUGCUUGGAAUACCAGUGAAUGAAUGUAGCAACAGUGAUGACGACGAAAAGACUUCACAAUUAGGAUAUUCAGAAGUUGAUGGUGCUGUGGAUGAUAAUUCUGACAAACCAGCUGAGUCACGCAUUAAAAACUUCUUUGGCUUUCUUACACGAUCCGGCAGCACUCAGAGCCCCACCCACAUGAGCAACUCCGCCUCCACCUGGGAAAUCAUUGGGGACGCAGAAGCCGAUGCAGAGACACAACAACAGCAGACUUCCUGAUUCAGCCACUGACUUGAGAGCUGUGAGACCCUGAAAGAAAAAAAAAAACAAUGUUGAACUUCAAUGAAAAAUACAAGCUUUAUAGAAAAGGAUGACUUAUAGCCAAACCAUUUAUUUAAAUGUUAUUAUUCUUAAUUGACUCAGUAUUAAAGGUACUGCAUUUUAGAUUUAAAGGGACAUAUGUUAUAUGACAUAGUUAUAUCUGGUGCAUUCAUAUAAAUAGUAUUUUUUCAUUGGCAUUUAAAACUAAACUAAUCUUAGAUUACUAAUCUUAAAUUACCUCAAGAAACUGCUAAAUUACCAAAGAACACGGAGAAAAGUAAAUUACAUUUUAAUUUCAAUUAUCAAAAAUAUUUUUUCCACUAGAGAGCAUUGCUGCAGUUCCAUAUUGAUAGAAAAGUCUAAUACCAAUAGUUUUUUGGGAAAUUAUAUUAUUAAUUGCUUUUUUCCCAACUAUGAUAACAGUAUUGUCUAUAUUUGCAUUAACACAUUUUAUAAUUUUUGAGGUGUUAAAUUUGCACAGCUGAGAUUGUCAGUGAUUAUUGCCUCUGGUGCCAAAAGCAUGUACGUGUAUUCCAUAGAACAUGGGCCUCCAUUUGAAAAUGAGUUAGAUUUUUAAUGACAGCCAUUUUGUGAUCUUUUUACUCACUUUAGAUGUAUACGUUGAUAACAUAUUUCCACAAUAUUUUUUUAAAUAAUAGGUAGUAUUGACAAGAUUAAGAAUCUCUAGCUAAUCUAUAGCUCUGUGUUGCACAAAAUAAAUAUUAUUUAAUCA